ACUCUUGACGACAUUUUGCUGCUUGCUGCUUAUCCUGGAGUGUGAAGGACGCUUCAAAGCUUGGAAGUCGGUGGCGGUGAACACGACUUUCCUCGCGACGAUAGCAGUGCAAAACUCCAGUUACAUCCUCCGCUCCAUCGUACAAUGCAUGAACCGGGCCACGACUUUGGACUGGGUUUACGUAGCCUGUUACACACCCAUGCAGGAGGCAGGGGAAUGUUCCCUCUGGGGAUAUGAAGCCUCAGUUAAUCUUCCAUCGGAUUCAGGAGCACAACAAUCUCACUGCAAGCUCUUCUACCAAGAUGAUGGCUGCGUGCUGGCGAACGGGUCACUGGCGGCACCUGGGACUUCGUUCUACAGCGCUCAGUACUCCGACGUCUUCAUCACGUGUCAGCUCAACGGGCGCAUUCAUCAAAUGUGCGAGUUCGAAGGCCAGCUCUACAAUCUGAACGAAACGAUCGGGUGCCUUCUCUGUACCACAGUCGGCGUCACGUACGGUGACACUAAACAACGUCGCGUCUUGGACGUCGCGCUGCCGCCGAGGGACACGUGCUGCGCUCAGGCAGCCGACGGAUACUGUCUGGUGGCGGAAUGCGCUGCCACCCCCAUAGGCUUCUGCGAGGCGAAGACUCGGUGCGAGGCGCGAGGUCUGCCGCUGGCCUCACGGGAACUGUACUACAACUACAGCCGCAUCACACAGCUUGCUCCCA